UUGGGUUUGUUUUUUUUCGCAGAGCCUGAGAAUGGCUGGAAGACCGCUCAGAGCCGUCGUGCUUGGUUUGUCCACAUGGACUGCCUCGGUCUCCACCUCCCGCGCCCCAGCGGCAACAAAAGCAUGUCAGCACUCGCUCUUGCUGCUGCCGUCCAUCGCAACCUCGCGCUCUGGAGGCCGCAGCUCGGCGGGAUUCCCCGUGCGAUCGCUCUUGGCGCCAAUUUUUCGCGGCUUUUCCAGCGGUUCUGGCGCACCGAGCACUGCGCUCAGCCGCGCACCCCUGCAUUCCAACGACUCGCAAGAGUACAUCCCCACUGGUCGCUUUGCACCCGACGGGCGACCAAUCUACAUGCGCCGUGUUCAGCUGCAGAUGGCUUCGCCGUCCAGCCAAGACUCGCAGCGUCAUCAUACUCAUGACCAUCGUCAUCAUCAGCGUCAGGCUGAUCAUGACUACGAUGAUGCAGAUCAACAGGAGCGAUUUCGGCGAGCGUACGAGGAUCAGGCGCGCAGUCAGCGAGAACCCAACCGAUUUGUCAAACCAAUCCUAUUCACAGCGGUGGUUGCCGUUGGAAGUUUCGCGAUCGCUGCGGUGGUUGAGCACGAUCGAAUUGUUCGCAGGUACAACGAGCCUCCGCUAUCGCGCUUUCAGCAAUGGCUGAACAAAGCUGCGUUCGACCUUCCGAGCGACCAACCAGCCCCGGUUCUCGAGUCUCUCAGGAAUUACAUUGAUGCUGCACCACCGAGCGUCAAGCUCAUGUGGGGCAUUGUAGGUCUCAACACUUUGGUAUUUGCAGCCUGGCGGAUUCCUGCGCUUUUGCCGUUCAUGUACAACAACUUUCUAUCCCAUCCUGGAUCUGGCCGAGCGCUCCCCAAGCUGCUGAGCGCGUUCAGCCAUCGCGACCCUGUGCACUUUGGCAUCAACAUGUUUGCACUGUAUGGUUUCGGACAAGUAUCCCAGCAAGAUCUAGGAUCUGAACAGUUUGUGGCCUUGUUUUUGACCGCUGCAGUUGGAUCUUCGUUGGCGAGCCAUCUUUACGCGAACGCCGCCCGACGAUUUGUGCCCUCUCUUGGAGCGUCUGGUGCGCUGCUAGGCAUUGUGGCUUCCGCUGUCGCUGUCCACCCCAAUCUCGCCGUGGGCAUUCCGUUCGUGCCCGAUGUUUACUUCCCGGCGUGGCAAGCGUUCGCGGCCACCUGCACGCUGGAUGUUCUUGGCCUGAUUUUCCGUUGGCGCAUGUUUGAUCAUGCUGCCCACUUGGGCGGUGCACUCAUUGGUGGUUGCUAUGCACUCUAUUGCCGACCAACCGUCUGGGGCGAGUGGAAGCGUGCAUGGCUGCAGCAAUAUCUCUCGACCAAAGCUCACGUCAAACGCUCGUUAGGAUUGAAGUGAUGGUGCACAACACAGAACUGUACAAUAUUGGAACACAAUAUCAUCCAUGCA